UGAUUAUAUUCUUAAAUGGACUCCAGAAACAAUUUUAAAAUCAUUAGGUGAUGCAUUACAAAGAAAUAUUAGACCAUUUACAAAAUUACCAAAGGAUGAAAUUAAAGCUAUAAGAAAAUUUAUAAUUGAAAAUUGGCAUGAGUUUUCAACAAGUAAUGGAACUUUGGUUAAAUCGGAAUUUCGUAACGCUUUGCGCAAAUUACCUAUAUGGCCUACAGCUCCAAAUGGUGAAAAAUACAAAAGUACAACUGAUGGAUUACUUGCACCAAAAAAUAUUGAAAUAUUAUCACCUAAAUCAAAAUGUUAUCCAGAUAAAUUCUUCCUUCAUGUAAAAAAUGAUGUUUGGCGAAAGAUACUAGAAGCGUUAAAUACUCCUUACAUAGAUCUUAUUAAUUAUUUAAAAAAUCAUUAUACAUUUCCAAAAGAAUAUGAAGAAAAAUAUUUUAAAUUUAUAAAAAGUGUUUUAAAAUCAAGUAAUUUCCAGGAAAUCGAAAUUUGGAUCAGAGAUAAACCUGUGAUUCCAAAUAGGUUAAAUAAGAAACUUAAAACCGCAAGGGAUCUUUAUGAUUAUAACACUUAUUUAUUUCGUAUAACAUUUGAAGGAACUGAUCGUUUUCUUCAUGAUGAAUUCCAAAAUGAUUCAACUUAUUUAAAUAUUAUUAAGAGAAUGGGUUUUAAAUAUCAAAUAAAUAGGCAGACUUUUCUUGAAUGCGCAAGAGCAAUUAAAAAGCAAUCCUCGGAACCAAAACACAAUCCUAGCGAUUUAAUAGUUCGUGCUACAACUGUAGUUCAUUAUCUAUAUGAUAAUAUAGAUGAAUUAAGUUAUUCCGAUGCUGAAUAUGAAGAAUUAGCUUUAAUACCUUUCAUUCCAGCUGAUUUAUCUAUCGAAACUCCUUAUUCAGAAAAUGCCGUUAAAUCUAACGAACUUGAAUGUCUUAAUUCAUUAUGUUUACCUAAAUAUAAAAAUAUUGCUUUUACUCAAGUAGCAUUAUUUCACACUGCAAUAAUUCCUAAACCUACAUCACCAAUAUUAACAAAAUAUAAAAGAUUCGGAAAGCCAAGUGCAACACAAGUUCUUGCACAUUUACGUGAAGUAGCAUUUAAUUUAUUAAGAUCUAGUCAAUGGAGAUAUGAAGAAUACCUUUUUAAAAAGAUGCUUGAUGAAAUUUAUAAUGCACUUAAUGAAGAAUGUGAAGAUGAAUAUUCUACUAUUAAUGAACAAGAUUUUAAAAGUGAUGAAAAGAUUUUCUUAAAUAUAUAUCCAACUGAUGAUGCUUUUGAUGAAUCAAAUUGGAAAUCAGCAGAUGAAUUAAUUGUUGGUGUUAGUUUAUCUGAAGAAAAAUUUGUAAAACCUAGCCUUGCGAAAUAUAAAAAAUUAUUGGAAGUAGCAGGAUCCGGUACUCUUAGAUCUGGAGAAGACUUUGAUGAUGAUUUAUCUCAGGAUGAUGAUUAUGAAAAAGUGAAUAAACAAGGUGAAAUACUUUUGAAGUCACUUCAACAAUCGUUAAAAAAUGGAUUAUCUGAACCUCUUAAUGAUGUGAUAUUUAUUGUAAAAGAUCAAAAGAUUGCUGCAAAUAGACUUGUACUUUCAUCUGCCGCAGAUCAUUUUAAACAUUCAUUCUCAAGACAAUAUAGGGAUGGUAAUCCAUUAGAAGUAGCUACUAUUCCUGGUUAUGAUAUUGAGCCAGAUUCAUUUAGAGUUUUAUUAAAUUAUUUAUAUGGCAUUUCACUUGAUACAGCUAUUGCGCCUAAAGGUGUAAAGAAAUAUAAUUAUAAAAGUAUAGAUGAAGAUUGGUAUCAUGAAGAAGAAAAUGAAAGACAAUUUAAAAUUUUAAUGGAUCUUUUAGAAGCAUCUGAUUAUUAUAACAUAAUAAAUUUAAAAAAUGAGACAGUAAGAAAACUUUUUGAUUACGUGAAACUUUGUAACGUUGAAGAAGUUCUUGAGCAUGCAAAUGAUUAUAAUGCUGAUUCAUUAAUUAAAUAUUGUAACAAAUUUAUUGAAAAUAAUCAAUCUUUUCUCUAA